GCUUCACCUGUGUUCAGCAUUUGGGGACGCUCUCAGCUCUCGGCACACGGCCCAGCUUCCUUCAAAAUGUCUAGUGUUCACGAAAUCCUGUGCAAGCUCAGCUUGGAGGGUGAUCACUCUACACCCCCAAGUGCAUAUGGGUCUGUCAAAGCCUACACUAACUUUGAUGCUGAGCGGGAUGCUUUGAACAUUGAAACAGCCAUCAAGACCAAAGGUGUGGAUGAGGUCACCAUUGUCAACAUUUUGACCAACCGCGGCAAUGCACAGAGACAGGAUAUUGCCUUCGCCUACCAGAAAAGGACCAAAAAGGAACUUGCAUCAGCACUGAAGUCAGCCUUAUCUGGCCACCUGGAGACGGUGAUUUUGGGCCUAUUGAAGACACCUGCUCAGUAUGACGCUUCUGAGCUAAAAGCUUCCAUGAAGGGGCUAGGAACCUACGAGGACUCUCUCAUUGAGAUCAUCUGCUCCAGAACCAACCAGGAGCUGCAGGAAAUUAACAGAGUCUACAAGGAAACGUACAAGACUGAUCUGGAGAAGGACAUUAUUUCGGACACAUCUGGUGACUUCCGCAAGCUGAUGGUUGCCCUGGCAAAGGGUAGAAGAGCAGAGGAUGGCUCUGUCAUUGAUUAUGAACUGAUUGACCAAGAUGCCCAGGAUCUCUAUGACGCUGGAGUGAAGAGGAAAGGAACUGAUGUUCCCAAGUGAAUCAGCAUCAUGACCGAGCGGAGCGUGCCCCACCUCCAGAAAGUAUUUGAUAGGUACAAGAGUUACAGCCCUUAUGACAUGUUGGAAGGCAUCAGGAAAGAGGUUAAAGGAGACCUGGAAAAUGCUUUCCUGAACCUGGUCCAGUGCAUUCAGAACAAGCCCCUGUAUUUUGCUGAUCGGCUGUACGACUCCAUGAAGGGCAAGGGGACGCGAGAUAAGGUUCUGAUCAGAAUCAUGGUCUCCCGCAGUGAAGUGGACAUGUUGAAAAUUAGGUCUGAAUUCAAGAGAAAGUACGGCAAGUCCCUGUACUAUUACAUCCAGCAAGACACUAAGGGCGACUACCAGAAAGCGCUGCUGUACCUGUGUGGUGGAGACGACUGAAGCCCGACACGGCCUGAGCGUCCAGAAAUGGUGCUCACCAUGCUUCCAGCUAACAGGUCUAGAAAACCAGCUUGCGAAUAACAGUCCCUGUGGCCGUCCCUGUGAGGGUGACGUUAGCAUUGCC